AGCAGUGUGGUGCUGAAGAGAGCACUCUGCCCGCCGCUCAGACAGCUAGCGGGCUCCGGCGCACCGUGGCUCGGUCGGCUUGCUCUAAAACUGCAGGGAAUCGGCAGCUUCGUGGACGCGGACGUGGAAUUUCCCCGCACCGAGGACCCGGUCUGAAACCGAAGCUCCUGUGGGAAAUGUUUUUUUUUUUCCCCCAACAAGGCCACAGGAAAUCGUGAUGUUUAAUGGAUGCCCCCUUCGGAGGUCGUUGGAGUCCUCGCAAUCAUAGACCUAACAUCAAGCGAACGGUUUUCAUCAUGGCAACGAGCCACCUUCAGCCUGUGUUUCUUGAGCCCUCCUGUGGAGGGUGUAAUAACUGAGGGAAGGGCAGUGAAUCUGGGAAAAGCCUCCACCUGCAGAUGAAAAUCAUUCAAACCAUGUAGUGUUCUUUUCUCCAAAUAGGGGGGAGGGUGUAAGCUGGAUUGUGAUUGCAUUUUAUUUAUUUUUUUUACUCGUUUCUCUUCAUGUAAUCGCUGGGACAGAUUUGUUGCUCGAUUGCUGAGUGUAUGUGGGUGUGGGCAGAGAGCGUGAGGUGAGGAGAAAGUGAAAGAGAGGAGAAAAAAAAAGAGUGAACGAACAGAGAGAGAAGGGAAGAGAUGGUCCUCCACACCACCCCUUACUCCAGUGCCUGUUUGCACUUCCUGGAUGGGCUGUCGUGGAGCCUGGUGUUCCCCUGCUACUGGCUCCUGGACCGGCUCCUGGCCUCCUGCGUGGCCACUUCCCUGGAGAAGCGCCAGCGAUCCCAGGACCCCUGCUCCUUCCUGACCCUGUGUGUCCUGAUUGCUGCACCCCUUUAUCUGCUGCUCCUCCUCGCAUCCCUGCCCUUUGCCCUGCUGGGCUUCAUCAUUUGGGCUCCCCUGCAGGCUGUCCGCCAGCCAUACCUGUACACAUAUCGGAGACCAGACAAGAACCAGGCAGAGCAAGGUCAAGCAAGUGGCGCUGGGACAGGAGAAUGGAGGCCACAAGGCAGAAGCUUCUGUUUCUGCAAUGCCAAUGUUUGUCUCCUCCCGGACUCCCUGGCCCGGUUCAAUAACUUAUCAGACACCCAGAGAAGAGCACGUGAGCUGGGCAAGAGAAUCCGCAAUGGUGCGAGUCGGCCCCAGAUUAAAAUAUACAUCGACUCGCCAACCAACACAUCCAUCAGUGCGGCAUCCUUCAGCAGUCUUGCCACUGGUUUCCGUCGCACGUCCUCUCUGGACCAGCGUCCAGAGCAAGUCCACACCACCAAUGGCCCAGCUGAAACUGAAAUAGAGCCUGUCACAGAGUGCCCUGUUCACCCCUCGGAUACCACCGACUGCCCUGUUCACCCACCUUCGGAAGACCAGAGUUUUACCAAUUGCCCCGUUCACCAUGAUGGAUCAGACAACACAGCAGAUUGCCCCCUCCACCUGGCUGGAACUACCAACAUCUCAGACUGUCCCAUCCACCCCUCGAGCGAUGCCACUGACUGCCCAAUGCAUUCAACAGAAGGUCAGAAUGACUCUGGCCAUCACGACUGCCCCAUGCACGGGGAGGUAGCACAGAAAAAACCCUCCACGGAGUGUCCGCUUCACACCUCAGGGGUKCAGAUCAGCAUCAGUGCCCCAGAACCGGAACCCCAGGAAGAGGAGGCUGAGACUGGAAACCAUCGAGAUCUGGCAGGAGACACAGGCAGCAUGACUGCCUCUCGCGAAUCCCUCACUCGUUACCAUGGAGGCGACACAGCAGUAGGGAUAUCCUCCAACAACACCCUCUCUCACGUACCACGCACGUCCAUCUUCAAGAGACCUGGAAGGAAACGCCGCCAUGGAGAUGAAACGUUCGACCAUGAGAUCUCUGCCUUUUUCCCUGCCAACCUGGAUUUUCUAGCUCUACAGGAAGUUUUUGACCACGGAGCAACAACGAGACUUCGACGUCAGCUUCAUCGCUACUUCCCCUACGUGCUGAGCGACGUCGGUCGCUACGGGUGGAAAGGCUGCUGCUCCAGGUUUAAGUUUUUGAACAGUGGCCUGUUGCUAGCCAGUCGCUACCCUAUCCUGGAUGCUCGGUAUGAGUGCUACCCCAACGGGAGAGGAGAGGACGCGCUGGCAGCCAAGGGGGCGCUGUUUGCUAAGGUUCACGUGGGCACCUCCCAUCAGGAGCAGAGGGUGGUGGGAUACCUCACCUGCACGCACCUCCACGCCAUAGAAGGGGAUUCGUCGGUCCGCUGCGAGCAGCUGGACCUCCUCCUCCAGUGGGGGGCCGAGUUUCGCCAAUCCUCAUCUCAGUCCCCCGAAGGAGAGAAGGUGCUGGAGGACCUGGUGGCCUUCGAUGUCAUCCUGGGAGACCUCAACUUUGAUAACUGCUCUUCAGAAGACAAACUGGAGCAGCAGCACACACUUUUUUCUCAGUACAAGGACCCAUGUCGCCUGGGGCCGGGGGAGGACAAACCGUGGGCUCUGGGCACUCUGCUGGAUCCCAGUGGCCUUUAUGACGAUGACGUCAGUUCACCCGAAAGUUUACAAAAAGUGAUGGAGAACGAAGAGGGGAGGAAGGAGUACCUGGUGUUCCCUCCCAGUAAGAACCAGUGUCCUGCCAGCAGUCAGAAGGGCCGGAAAAUCCCACUGAAGGGGAAUGGACGCCGGAUCGACUACAUCCUCUAUGGCGACGAAGGCAUUCAGCAGGACUGGAAACUGGACAUCGAAGAGUUCAGCUUCAUCACUCAGCUGGCCGGCCUCACCGACCACCUUUCUGUGGCCAUGAGACUGGCUGUUUCCACCGGGGAAGAGGAGCCUUAGAUCCACCGCCUGACAUUUAUGUUCUUUAAAUUUUACUGCCAUGAAGGAGCAAUUAGGAAGAAACUCGGGAAGUUCCGAGUUUACAGAUACGGAGCGGCGCAGGGGGGGGGGGAAUUGAAGGGACGGCAAGCGGAUGAGUAAAUCUGUGGAAGACAGCUCGGGACAUUUAAGAAGAAGGACGAGAGAGGAAAUUCAGAAAAGGAGAGGUGUAAGCUAGGGGAAUUUGUAUUAGGAAGUCAGAAUUUUUUUUAAUCUUCCUGGGUAAAUCACCCACAGAUUCACACUGAACACUGCGACUUUGAGACUGUUGGUUUUUCCUCCCUCCCCGCUGAACUAAACCCGGGGGGGGGGUUUGUUUCGAGUGAAGUGUUUCAUGUAGCCAAUGCACACACUCAUUUUAUCUGUUUUAGGACGUAGUUUCCAGUAUAGUUCUUUUAUUUUUAUGACUCUAACCUUCAGKAACAGCUGGACGCUCAUUGUUGAGUGUACGAAAGAACAUGAAACUGAAGUGAAGCYGCUGACCGGCCUUUACGAUGACCAUCUGUGACCUUGUGUUGUGCACCUUCCCUAAAAGUUACCGGUCGGUUUCGCUGUCAGUCGUUCGCCACGCUGACCCCCUCACGUCAUUCCCAAAACCUCAACAAGUGUCUUUUUUUCUUACAAACAAAUCUUACUAAAAAUGAGAAAAAAAAAUUCUAAGAGUUUCUAUUACAGACACUCCACUUUUUAUAAAACUUAUAAUGCCUGUUUAAUAUGAAAUGAUAUGUUUCUAAUUGAAGGAAGAGGAUGGAUGCAAUGUGAUGCUUUUAGCAUGUUUUUUCAGAUAUUAUCGGUAURAAUUUGAAGAGCAUUUUGUAGAUAAAGCUCCAGUGAUGCAUGAAGGUAAAAC